UUGCAGGCUUUGGAAGCUCACCGCAAGAUAGCGCUCGUGUCUCCUUACGACCACGCCUUUCACGGUGGCGUAGCCGACCAUAUCAAUAGCCUAGCCGCGCAGUUCCGGGAGUGGGGGCAUACUGUCAAGAUCGUCGCGCCGUGCAAGUCUGCGGAUGAUAUCGACGAUGACGACUUCAUACCGAUGGGCAGGGCCGUUCCCAUUCCAAGCGGCGGCUCCAUAGCGCGGGUCUCAUUCUCCGUUUGGCUCAAGCCUCAGAUAAAGCAGAUGCUCGAGCGCGAGGUGUUCGAUGUUGUGCAUUUCCAUGAGCCUUUCGCGGGUCUUAUCAACAGGGAUAUGCUGAGCCUAGUAGAUCCGAUGCAGUCCACGGCGAUCGGCACCUUUCAUACAUACGAGGGUACUCGGCUGUACAAGAUCGGGGCAAAGCACCUGGCGAUGCCGUACUUCAGGAUGCUGCAAGGUCGGAUCGCGGUGUCGCGCCCGGCAUACCAGUUCAUAAGCCGCCAAUUCCCGGGCGAGUAUGACAUAAUCCCCAAUGGCAUUCAGGUUGACGACUUCGCGCAUGCCGAACCGUUUGAGCAUCUGAAGAACGAUGGGAUGAUAAAUCUGCUAUUUCUGGGCAGGAUGGAGAAGCGCAAGGGCCUGAAGCACUUGCUAGCGGCGUACAGUAAACUGAAGUGGGACUGGCCGAAUCUGCGCCUGCUGGUGGUCGGAGGCGGCAAUCCGGAUGCGGACUCGAUGAGAAUUAUAAGCGAGCGCAACCUGCAGGAUGUGGUGUUCCUGGGCAGGGUAUCUGACGAAGACAAGUUCAGGUACUACAAGACGGCGGACAUCUACUGCGCGCCCGCGACGGGCAAGGAGAGCUUCGGCAUCGUGCUUCUGGAGGCUAUGGCGGCGGGUGUUCCGAUAGUCGCGAGCGCCAUUGAGGGCUAUUCGAGCGUCGUAAAGCACGGACGCGAGGGUCUGCUUGUGCCGCCAAAGGACGAGGACGCGCUGGCGGACGCGAUUGCGGAGCUGCUGAAGGACGCUGCCCUGCGCCGAAGACUUGCCACCGCAGGAAUGGUGCAGGUGCAGGACUAUCGGUGGGAGCGCGUGGCGCAGCGCGUGAUGGACUGCUACGAUUCUUCGCGCGAUGCGUGGCUCCAAGCCAUUUCUCAACGUGUUGUCGGUUUGCAAGGAUAG